AUGCUGUCGUUCCACGAGGAGGUGGUGGCGCAGCUGCACGAGGAGGGCGGGCUGGCGGUCCUGGGGGCGGGGCUGGGGCUGCACAAGGUGCUCGCGCUGCUCCUUCGCUACCACCACAUCACCAACGCCUCCUGCUCCCGCAGCCUCGGGAUCAUCGGCAGCAGUAGCAGCGGCGGCGGCGGCAGUAGCGGUAGUAGCGGCUUGGGUGGUUACAAUGGGCGGUUGAUGUUUGUGAUUGGGUUGGCGGAGGAGCAGAGGCAGGCAGUGCAGGAGGAGCUUGAGCUGCUGAACAGAGCUCCGGCCCUUCCCACAGCUCCUUUUGAGAACUCUCAAAAUGCGGCUUCCCGCUCCAGCCCGCCUGCUGCUACUCCCCGGGACAAUCUUGCAGCAGCAGGAUCAGGUGUAGGAGCAAUUGCUGGACGAGAGGCAGAAGCACCACUGUCGACUGUGCUGCACCGCGCUGCACUCCCGUGCGUGCUGGCGGAGGUGAACAGCAGCAUGUCGAGUGCUGACAGGGUGGCGGCGUACCGAGAGGGAGGGUGCUUCGCCGUGACCUCCCGCAUCCUCAUUGUCGAUAUGCUCUCCGAUCGAGUGCCUUUCAGUAAGGUGACCUCCCGCAUCCUCAUUGUCGACAUGCUCUCCGACCGAGUGCCUUUCAGUAAGCUCAAGGGUAUAGUGGUGGUGAACGCACACAGGGUCACUGACACAGGAGCAGAGGCCUUCAUCCUGAGGCUCUUCAGGGACACCAACAAACAGGGGUUUAUCUAUGCACUGUCAGACCGCCCCAACUCGCUCACUGCCGGAUUCCACAAGGCGGAGCGAAUCCUCAAGUCGCUCUUCCUGCGCCGCCUCUACCUGUGGCCGCGCUUCCAGGCCCUCUUCCUGCGCCGCCUCUACCUCUGGCCGCGCUUCCAGGUCAGUGUGUCCCAGGCGUUGGAGCAGCACCCCCCGCACGUGGAGGACGUGAGGGUGCCUCUCUCGCCGGCAGCAGCAGGCAUCCAGCAGGCGAUCGUUGACAUCAUGGGCUCGUGCCUGCAGGUAGGCUCGUGCCUGCAGGUGUGUUUUGAGUCGACUCAAAACGUGCCUGCAGCUGCGAACCUCUCCAUAGCCUCACAGGAUCUGCGCCGUACAAACAAGCUGGACGUGGACGAUCUGACGGUGGAGAGCGGCCUGUUCAAGUCGUUUGACGAGAUCGUGCGGCGCCAGCUGGAUCCCGUGUGGCACACACUGGGCCGCAAGAUCAAACAGUUGGUGGCCGAUCUGAGGACUCUCAGGAAGAUAGCAGAGCACUUGCUGCGCUACGACGCGGUCACCUUCCUGCGCUUCCUGGAUGCGCUCAAGGCGAGCGAAUCAAAGGCCGCCAUCUGGAUCUUUGUGGACCCCGCGCCCAAGAUAUUUGAGCUGGCCAAGCGGAGGGUGUAUCAGGUUGUGAGGUCAGCAGCAGUGGCAGUUCCACCGCCAGUGGCGGCACAUCAUGAGAAGCAACCAGCCAAGAAAAGAGCUUUGCGUGGAAAGGAGCAGGAGGGAAAGGGAGGCACGGGCGAGGAAAAGUACCGAGAGGGCGGGGAAAGGGGCACUGAUGAAGAAGGGCAGGGGCUGGAAGUGAGGGAGGAGGGAGGCAGAAGGGGGAGCGGGGAGGAGGGUGGGGUGGAGCUGCAGCCGGUACUGGAGGAGAUGCCCAAAUGGAAGGUGGUGCGGGUGAGUGAGAUAACGAAAGGCCCACUAGUAAGCCUAGAGUGGGAUGGUGGUGGUUUGGAGCUGCAGCCGGUGCUGGAGGAGAUGCCCAAGUGGACGGUGCUGUGGGUGAGUCUGAUGGCGUAG